CAGAAAAUAAAUGUCUUCUCAGAUGACAACAUUUAUGUGGGGUCAUUUAUGUGAUUUCUUUAUAUUAUUUUUCUUGUACAUUCGUUCACUAAAUUAGUCGUCACUCAAUGUUAUUGAUAUCCCCAAAACGCAAAAUUGUGUUGCUGAUGUAGUUACCGGAAAAUUAGCAGAAUUUCUUCACCAGCAUUUCUACCUACCUACCUACCUACGAAAACAGACAGAAUUAUGGAAAUAUCAACCGAUCCAUACGAACAGAAAUUGUAUCACAUGUUCAAGAGCCAUGAUGUGGAUGCGAAAGGCAGUCUAGAUAAGGAUGCACUGUCCAAAUUGUGCAAAACGUUGGAAUUGAAGGAAAGAGAACCGUUGCUGAUAGCGGCCCUAGUCAAAAACAAUGGCAACAAUCGUGUGACAUUUAAAAAGUUCAAAGAGGAAUUGCUGAAUCUGUUGGGCACCGAAGGAGAUGACACAGCACCAUCCACACCGUCGUCGGACGAAGAUACACUGGUUAGUGGUCAACAGUCGCCAUCCCGUGAAGUAUCACCGAAAUUCAUUGUUGGUGGCAAAAAGUACGGUCGACGAUCGCGUCCGCAAAGUGCAUCAUUUGAUUCGCAGUCGGAUUCGGACAACGAAUAUUUGACGCAAACCGAUCAACACAAUUCGAAAACAAUGAAGUCACUAAAGGUACAGCGGUCAUCGUCACACAGUGAUAUUCAUGGCAGCAAAAGACGUCGUCCAUUGACUGGAACAAAACUGAAACGAUGUGCUUCAUUACCAGCUCAGAAACCAAAAAAAGAUGAGAGGGCACAGCUUCAGACACAGCUUGAGAGUAGCGUUGAAUCACUAGGAAAUUUAGAUUUCGAAAAUUUGUCACAAAUGUUGUUUAACGUUUGGAGUGAUUUUGGUCAGAGCACGGACAAUUAUCUGAAUCAGACCCAGUUAGAAAUUGUUUGCGAACGAGUUGGACUGCAAAAAGUUGGUAAAAAGGUUGCCGGCGAAGUGUUUGAAAAGCUCGGACUCGAUCCCAACAAUCGUAUCGGCUAUCAUGAAUUCAUUGCACUGUUGCAUAGUGAUUCCGAUGCGACCGCAUUCGAUCCGAGUCCGAAUGUAACUGUCACCGAUACGAGUAGUGUUGGCACACUAAACGACUCGUCUGGUUAUGACUUGCAUGCCCAUUCAGAUAAAUGGUCUGCCGAAUCAACAGCUGUUCCAUGUACUGUAAUAAUUGAUAUGUGGGAAACAGCUGGUAUAUCCGAUCCGAAAGCUUUGCUUCAAUCGUUAGGAUUCACGGCUGAAGAGAUACACAUCUCCCAGUUAUCGAUGGCCAUAGACGAUGACUUACAGGGAGAUGAGGGUACCAACUCACAAUCAACGCCAUUACUGAAGGCAUCACUGGCAUUACACAAAGCUGAGGUGAAUGCGUUGCAGCAAGCAUUUAAACAACUGGCAGCAGAGAAUCGAAAACUUCACACAAACAAUAGAGACGCUAACCGACAGGCGGCAUUGUUGGCGCAAGAGGUGGAUGAAAGACAUGCCCAGAUUGAAAAUUCAUCGAAAACGAAGAUCUUUCAACUGGAACAACGUCAUGCGGAAAUCGUUCGAGACUUGACGGCAAAAUUAGCCAACGAUCGUGAACAUUGGACGAAUCUAACGUCAAAGCUGGAAAUGCGCAUCAAAAGUCUGGAACAGGAAGAGACGAAACAUCGCAACGACUUUGUAACGUUGAAGAAAUCGAACAGUGCCUUAGAAACCGAACAAAUAUCCUUGCAAAAUCAAAUUGCCGACUUGCUGGAGAUGAACAUCAAAUUGAAUAAUGAAAUUGUCGACGUGGAGGAGCGACAGCGUAACGAUGACACGAACAAAAGUGAAGAGCACAGUGUGCAAAUGAUUGAAUUGAUGGAUAAAAUGUCGGAUCUUCAAGUGGAAAAUACAAAUUUGCGAGAUAAAAUCGACGAAUUGUCGACGGAACUGGAGGAUCGCUGCCUGGAAAUAACUAAAUUGAAGUCGAAAAAGAUGUCGGCAAGGGCCGAGUCGACAGCAAUCGAAGAAUUCAGCGACUUAGAAUGUUCCUCGAAUUCAGCCACCAAACGAAGAGGCGACUCACCGAGUAAAGCGAAAAUAUCGGAAGAAAGUCCCCGGCUGGGAAAGUUGCGAAAAUGUGCCGAUGAUGCUGAACCAGAUUCGGAAGGAAGUGGUGAUUGGAUUGCGUUGAAUUCAGAACUGAACAGAGUUCCAACUAAGCGAACAUCUUCUGCAACCACUACGUCGGGAUUCUCUCAAGAGUUUUCCAGUUUGAGCGACUGCAAAGAUGAGGAAAUCAAACAGUUGAAGGCUAAGGUUGCCGAAUUAGAGUCCGCUUUGAAAAUGUCAUCCGAACACACUAGUGAGGAGAGUGAGAUAACCAAACUGAAAAGUCGAAAUCAAGAACUGGAAUCCAGUUUGGAGCUUAUGAACAAAGAAUUCGAGAACUUGGAAGACUAUUGGCAAGGGAAAUUGGGAGAGGAGAGACAGUUAUAUGAGGAGGAACAACGGAUCAGCGAUGAAAAGUUCAAUGAACUGCUGAAGAAAAUGUCCGAAUACGAAGAACAGUUCCCAUCACAGCCAGAAAAAGACGGUCGCCUAUCACCAAUCGAAGAAAAAUGUCAACUCGAAUUGCAGUACGCUGAAUUGGAAGCAGAAACCGAAGAAAUCAAGGAUUUGGCUCGCCAGAUGUUGGAUGAAAAGUCGAAAGAAAUCUCCGAUCUACAAAAGAAGCUCAAGGAGCUGCAUCAACGCAUCGGCGAAAGUUUCACUCCACCACCCCACAAUACAGAUCAUCUCAACACUGAUGUUGAUAGUCCGGCAAGUUCGCCGAUAAAUUACCUGUGGCAACAAAGCACCAUCCAAGCGCCGGCACGAGAUUAUCACAAUCCCAAUUGGAAUGCAAAGUCAGUUCAUCCAAUCCAAUGUUCAUCGUCCGCCGAUGAAAUUGAGCGUAAAGCAAUUUCGCCAAUUCAGAGACCGGUAACUCCUGGAAGCCGGAACGCUGAUAAUCACAAAGACAACGUUUCAGACGCUUCGUCUGUCCAUAGCUUCACCACGCACAGCAUUGCAUCAACUCAUAGCGUACACAAAUCGUUACCGGAAGCAAUUGCGAGCUCUAGUCCUCAAGAUUUACGUGAAGACAUCAAACGUCUUCAGAUUAUCGAACUGCAGCUGAAAGAGGCCGUUCAAAAUCUGUACCAGCAACGGGAAACUUUGAUCAUGGAACUGCAACAGCUGCAAGAAGCCAAACCGGUGCUGGAGAAAGCCUAUGCUCGUUCGUCCCAUCCAAGUUUGAUGCAGAGAAUCCAGCAAUUGGAAAUGAAGAAUCGUCACUUGCAACAGUGUUUGAAACAACAGCAGCUUUACACAGAGACACUUAUGAAUCAAUCAUGGCACCAGCAGCGCAACGAAAUCACCGAACUAUGUCAGCGAAUCGAAGCUCAAAAUAAUUUGAUCGCUGAACAGUCGCAUCGGCUUACCAAUGCCGAUCUGCUCGUAAAGGAUUUGUAUGUGGAAAAUUCGCAACUGACUGCGGCCCUACAACGACUGGAGCAGCAAAGAAAUCGCAACAGUCUUAUACUACAGCAUGGGAUUACCGGGAUUCCUGGUAUGCCGUGAGAGAAAGUAUUCACCAAUUUUGUGCAUGAGGAGGAAAGUUUUUGUUGAUUUUUUUUUGUUGGUCUGUCCGACAGACCCUGUCGGGCGUUGCAUAUUUUUUUUCUUUCUGUGAAUAUUACCCGAUUUUUCAGGGUAGGGUUAAAGUUUUGUGUUUUUUUUUGUUAAUAUUUUUUUCGAUUUAUUUACACAAAGAGAAAGUCCUAUGAAUUUCAACGAUGUUAUUAAAACGGAUUACAAAGUUCUAACUUAAAAUGAAAUAAAUUGAAAAGCUUAAAAGACACUCACUUCUUGAAGUUGUAAACAAGAAAAUAAGAAAAAAAAAAACAAGAACUAAUUGAAUUACCUGAUUAACUAUUCGUGUCGUGUACGUGUGGCUGUGUCGUAAACAAAAUAAAUAAUUAAUUUAAUUUACAAAACAAAACAUUUAUUGUACCAAAAUUAUCACUUAACUGCCUUUCGUAAAUGCAUUGAAGGAACAAUUUGUUUGAUGCAUUUCCUACCUAACACAUAAAUUGAUAG